AUGAUUUGGGCGUGUAAUGGCGACGUCUAUUGUGAGAUGAAAUACAUGAUUUCAUUCGGCGCAACAUGCGCUGCUUUACUCUGGACUUAUCAAAAUGAGGUGCUCCCUAUCUCAGCGAGGGGGACAGGGACUGCCCUUUCGGCUUGCAUUAAUUGGGUUUAUUUUGCUUUGGGGGGUGUUUGCAUUGCGACUUCUAUUGUUAUGUUUUUGUUUUAUCCAGAGACUGCGCAGCGGUCGCUUGAAAAGCUUGAUCUGUUGUUCAAGCCGAACCGGCGUAAGCUGAUUUGUUUGGACUGGGAGGCUUGUCAGAAAGGGUCAUUGCUGCAUCGUGAUUUGGAGGGCGUGAAGGCGGCACGGCAGCUGGAGUUGGCACUGGCCAUGAAAGAGAUUGGGAAGGCAGUGUGA